AUGGGCGGCUGCACAGAAACCUCUGUGAAGUUUGCAAGGAAUGACCUCUGGGUCUUUACACCAGUUCGAGGUGGUGGCUCGUGGCGCAGGGUACACACGUCCAAUCCACCAGUCGCCAGGCGUGGUCAUGUCCUCGUGGCCAACCGUUCGCACCUGAUCAUGUUCGGUGGCAAGACGACUCAUCGUCGGGAAAAGAGGGCUUUCGAACAGAUGGAAGAAGAUAUCCCAGAUUUGGAUUACACGCCACAGCCGGGGGAGAAGUGCCUGGUUGACCUGUGGGUCAUCUCCAAAGAUGAGGUGCUGAAAGGCAGCUCCGCGGAGAAGCCUCCUAGGUGGCAGGAAGGUGCGCCAUUCCCGGCGGGAUGCAGAUGGGGUGGCACUGGUUCUUUCCUUCGCGACCAUCUCGGAAAGAAGUACUUGGCCAUGUUCGGUGGUCGCCACUUGAGUGCCGGAAGUGUGGAGCACAAGGCGAAGAGUAAAUAUGUGUACUACAACGACCUGUGGCUCUACGACUUCACGCAGGAUGGUUGGUAUGAGGCCCCCACCAAGGGUGCCAGGCCCUGCCCUCGCGAUCAUCACGGAGCAGCCACCUUGAACGACAAGCUUUACAUCUACGGCGGCCGGCGGUCCGAAGAGCGUUCGGGAGACGCUGUCUUGGCUGACGUUUGGAGCCUUUGCCUGAGCGAGUUUUCACCAUUUCCACACCUGGCCUUGUGA